AGCAAAGCUGAGAGAGUGAUUUGGACACCCAUUCAGCUCAAACAUAAUCGAGUGAGAGGAAAAGAAAACAUUUCUGGUUUCUCUUUGCCUCCAGUCUGCAACCGAGAGAGUGAGAGUGAGAGAGAGGCACUGGCUCGCUUCAUUUCUUCAGCUGGUAGCCUCAACACCGCGAGCCAAACGUGAGAAAAAAAGGGAGAGCUGGUGCAAGAGUUAGAGGGACGAAGCUAGGAGCAGGAAACCAAACGUGCGAUCUGCAUUUGUUUUCAAACGUUAGGAGGAAGGAACGAGUGUAUGCACCGAACACAUCGAGAAGUUGCACCUUUCGAUCCAGAAAUUGAGAGGGCACUUCGGAGACAAAGGAGGAAUACACCGCAUCAAGAGGAACAAGAGAUUUGGCAGCCGAUAGAAGAAAUCUUGAUAGAAUUACCAUUUGAGGAAGAAAUAGCGGAAAAUGAACCAAAUAGGCGAAUUCUACGAGAUUUUGCUUUACCGGAAACACAAGGUUCUCAAACUAGCAUCGCAAGGCCAAUGGUAAAUGCUAAUAAUUUUGAGAUUAAACCAUCACUGAUUCAAAUGGUACAACAAUCUCAGUAUGGAGGUAAUGCUACCGAAGAUCCAAAUUCUCACUUGUCAACAUUUCUUGAAAUCUGUGAUACAAUUAAGUUUAAUGGUGUUAGUGAUGAUGCAAUUAAACUUCGAUUGUUUCCAUUUUCACUAAAGGACAAGGCCAAGAUUUGGCUACAAUCUCAUCCUCCGAACACUUUUACUACUUGGGCUGAAUUAGCUAAGGCUUUUCUCAAUAAAUUCUUUCCACCUGAAAAAACUGCUAGACUAAGAAUGGAUAUAACUAGUUUCUCUCAACAGGAAGGAGAGACAUUGUACGAAGCUUGGGAGCAUUAUCGGGAAUUAGAACGAAGAUGUCCUCAUCAUGAUUUACUAGAUUGGCUAGUGGUCUGAACAUUUUACAAUGGUCUCACCUAUCCAACAAAGACGCAUGUAGAUGCGGCAGCGGGAGGAGCAUUGAUGGGAAAGACAGCCGAGGAAGCUCAACAAUUAAUUGAAGAAAUGGCUGCUAACAAUUACCAAUGGGCCAACGAACGAGGUAAUACGAGAAGAACCGCAGGUAUGCUUGAAGUAGAUACCUUGAAUAUGUUAAGUGCAAAAAUGAAUAAUGUGGUUAAGAUGAUUAAUAGGCAUGUUGGUUCUAUCUCUAAUCAAGGAGUAGUUAUUGCAUGUUGUACUACUUGGGGUGGAGAUCAUGAUAAUUCUAUGUGUUCUAGCAGCGAACAAGUUCAAUAUCUCAACAGUUACAACCGUCUACCCCAAAACAAUCCAUACUCUAAUACCUACAAUCCAAGAUGGCGUAAUCACUCGAAUUUUGGAUGGAAGGAUCAAGGGAACCAACAAAGACCAGUUAAUCCACCGGAUUUUCAACCGAAGCAACCACUUCCGGAGUCCAAACCAGCUUGGGAAUUGGCAAUUGAAAAGCUGGCAGAUGUAUCAAAUGAUAAAAUUGAAAAGUUAGCCAGUGCCACUACUCAACGGUUUGAAAGAAUUGAAGGAAGGAUGGAUCAACUCACCAAUAUGUAUCGAAAUGUUGAAGUCCA